AUGACGGAGGACAGCCAAGGUGCGCAAAUCGCCAUCAACGGCUUCAUUGGCUCCAUACUUAUUGUACUGGGCUCCAUCACCUACGUCCUCUGGGCCGUUCUGCCAGAUGACGUGCUGCACCGGAUGCACCUGACCUACUACCCGGAUCGCUACUGGGCCGUGGCCAUUCCGGCCAUUCUCGUUAUGUUUAUUUUCCACUACUUCACCACGUCUUGGCUGCUGGUGCUCGUCACAACGCACCCGUUGACGGAUGGCCGGUGCAUCACGGACGUGGACAGCAAGCCGGACAAGGAGAUCGAGGUCGGGGCACUGGCAGACUCUAGUAGCAGCGUGCCGCCGUGGGUGGAUAUUCCAGUGUCGGUCGCAAGCCACCUCUUGUUCGAACCGUGGAAUGAGAAAGUGCGAUACAGCGCACGAAGGCCGACGGAGAUGAUGAAUGGGGAAAAGGGGAGGAGAGAGCGGUUUGUCUGA